GGAAAAACUGCACAGAAAAUCUAAUGGAUGAAGAUGAGAAAGACAGGGCAAAGAGAGCUUCUCGAAACAAAUCUGAGAAGAAGCGUCGGGACCAGUUCAAUGUCCUCAUCAAAGAGCUUAGCUCCAUGCUCCCUGGCAACAUGCGGAAAAUGGACAAAACCACCGUGCUGGAAAAGGUCAUUGGAUUUUUGCAGAAACACAACGAAGUCUCAGCGCAAACGGAAAGCUGUGACAUCCAGCAGGACUGGAAGCCUUCCUUCCUCAGUAAUGAAGAAUUCACCCAGCUGAUGUUGGAGGUGAACAUGCACUUGAAUUGGCAACUUUCGGAUGUCAUGGAUCAGAAUUUGUUAAAUUUCCUUCCAGAACAAGAACAUUCAGAAGUUUAUAAAAUGCUCUCUUCCCAUAUGCUCGUGACAGAUUCCGCCUCCCCAGAAUACUUAAAAUCUGACAACGAUUUAGAAUUUUAUUGCCAUCUUCUCAGAGGCAGUCUGAACCCAAAGGAAUUUCCAACUUAUGAAUACAUAAAAUUUGUGGGAAAUUUUCGCUCUUACAAUGUGCCUAGUCCCUCUUGUAACGGCUUUGAUGGCGCCCUGUCGAGGCCGUGCCAGCUGCCCUUAGGGAAGGAGGUGUGCUUCAUCGCUACGGUUCGUCUGGCCACGCCCCAGUUUCUAAAGGAAAUGUGCAUCGUUGAAGAACCUUUCGAGGAAUUCACUUCCCGGCAUAGCUUGGAGUGGAAAUUUUUAUUUCUGGAUCACAGGGCUCCUCCCAUCAUAGGAUACCUGCCCUUCGAAGUGCUGGGGACCUCAGGCUAUGACUACUACCACAUAGACGACCUGGAGCUCCUGGCCAGGUGCCACCAGCACUUGAUGCAGUUUGGCAAAGGGAAGUCGUGCUGCUACCGGUUUCUGACCAAAGGUCAGCAGUGGAUAUGGCUGCAGACCCACUACUACAUCACCUACCACCAGUGGAACUCCAAGCCAGAGUUCAUCGUGUGCACGCACUCCGUGGUCAGUUAUGCCGAUGUCCGGGUGGAAAGGAGGCAGGAGCUGGCUUUGGAAGACCCCCCAACUGAGGCCGUGCACCCGUCAGCAUUAAAGCGGCGGUCCGACUGGCUUCUGCUGAGGGUCGGGCUGGGAGGAGGCGCAGAGUGGGCUGUCUCUGCAGAGCCCCCCGCUGGCAUGCUGCAGGAGGAUGCACCCACUCCAACCAAGCUGAGGGCAGAGGCCAGCACCACUGCACUGCCGAGAUCCACCACCCUGCCCCAAGAGUUACCGGGGCCAGCGCUCAGCCAGGCAGCCACCAUGCCGGCCCCUCUGCUCACCCAGUCGUCCUGCGACCUAGCCCAGCAGCUGCUGCCUCAGACCAUGCUGCAGAGUGUGCCUGCUCCCAUGGCACAGUUCUCGGCACAGUUCAGCAUGUUUCAGACCAUCAAAGACCAGCUGGAGCAGCGGACGCGCAUCCUGCAGGCCAACAUCCGGUGGCAACAGGAGGAGCUGCAUAAGAUCCAGGAGCAGCUCUGCAUGGUGCAGGACACCAACAUCCAGAUGUUUCUGCAGCAGCCAGCUGUGUCCCUGAGCCUUAGCAGCGCCCCACCGCCCGAGGCCCAGCAGCAGCUACAGCCGAGGUCUACGGCCGUGUCCCAGCCCCAAAUUGUGUCCAGCCCCCAACUGACUGGGCAGAUUGCCUCCACUCAGAUCACAAGCCAGCACCUGCUGCGGGAAUCAAGUGGGCUAUCGAACCAGGGUCCGAAGCCGUUGCGAAGCCCACAGAUCCUACAGGGAAGCGGCCACGCAGUGAGCAGCCUGGCAUCCCAGUUCAGCAGCUCAGCCGCUGGCCUCCCACCCACCUUGAGCCUGCCCACACCUGCCCCUGCCACCCAGGACGCAAGUCAGUGCCAUCCCAGCCCAGACUUCAGCCACGACCGGCAGCUCAGGUAUGGAGAGCCCCGGCCACCCAAUCCCUGACUGAUGGGCCCUUAUCAACACUUCUCACCUUCUUGUCUACUCUCCGCUUCCCCCACAAACAGGUAUCAGCAGAGCCAGGCAGUGUUUCAAAGCUCUGAAGUGCACACCUCCCACAGCAGCGCCUCAACCCCUAUCCUGCUGAUGGGCCAAGCAGUGCUUCACCCCAGCCUGUCCACCUCCCAGCCAUCGCCCCUGCAGUCCACGCAGGCCCAGCAGCAGCCCCCACAACACUACCUACAGGUACAGACACCAACCUCUUUGCACGGUGAGCAGCAGGACUCGCUGCUACUCCCUGCCUACUCGCAACACCAAGGGACCAUGGGCUACCCUGCGCCGCCCCCGCCCCAGCCCCAGCCCCCACCCCCUCCGCGGAGGGUCGGUGGUCUGUCGGAGUCAUCAGCCCUGCAGCAGCCCCCACGGUAGUGCCCCUCGGUCCUGGGUCGCAAUCAGCUUUAACCAAUGGGCGAAGAGGACAUGGCCACGGGUGUGAGGAGUUGAAGCAACACCCUGGGCUUUUGCACACACCGGGCUCCCAGUUCAGAAUUCCUGGAAGGGCACCGGCUCCCGGGCUGCAGCUGGCACCGUGGGAAGAGACUGGGGCUGCUGCCUCCACAGCUCUAAGAGCAAUCUACAGCCAUAGCCAUCCCUGGGCAUGAACCGGGGGCCCCACGGAAGCGCUGUUACUCAGCUGACCUUGGCUGUGUCCUCCGAGAGUGCCCGGUUGCCCCAGCCGGCUAUGGCCCGUCCACAGGAGCUGGGCAGCCUGCCCUCUCCUGAACGCCUUUCCUUUGUGUUUGCAGAGCACCGGCUCAGCGAUGAGUGGAAGAGAGAGAAUAGAGAGAUUAUUUUUCAUUAUUUUUCGAUUGUUCUAUUGUGUUUUAAUUUGCACAGCUGCACAGAGGAAAUAACUUUAGGCACUUUCUGUCUUGGAAAAUAGUACAAAGCUAGGCCCCCAGUCAGAGCCAGCAAAGCUGGCCCUCCUCCGUCACGCUGCAGGCCUGUGCCCUCUGGCCCAGCCCUGGGUGCUGGUAACCCCACAGCUGUUCUGGUGGCAAUUUGUUUCACCAAAGGUCACACUGGACUGGUCCCUGUUUACUUCCAUACUCGUCACUUCGAAGGUGGGCACAAAGGCAAGCACAAUCACGGAACUGAGUUUGUAGGAUGUGGUUGAGGAUAUGCAGUUGGGGAGCUCUCAUAAGCCAGCCAGGCCUGUGGGGCCCCAGGCCCUGAGGAAACCCCACCACAGUCGGCCCUUUGAGUGAGAAUGCUGCAUCUUUCUACAUAUCUUUCAUGAUUACACCGAGGCUUGGAUUUCCCUUUGAGACAUGCACUUUGCUUUAUUUUUUUGUAUGGUUUGUCAUGUUGAGAUGUUUCUAAAGAGAAGACAUUAUGUAUUAUAACACGAAGUGUAGUGAAUUGUACAGCUGUUGUAAUAAUGACCUAUUUCUAUAUAAAAAUAAAAUUGUAUGGAUUACGUGUAAAUUAUUUUGUAUCGGAGGCACCAGUCCUUUCCAAAAUAUGAAAGUAUAAAAGUUUCCUUGUGUUUUUUUUCUGUGAGUGGACAUUUUGUAAUAAAUUAACAAAUUUGUACGAUUUCCUCUG